AUGCCUCGCCAGCCGAAGAAGGUCGAGCAUCCGCCGGUGAGCAAGACCGCGGGAGGUGAUGCUCGUGAAUCUACGUCUAAGGGUCAUCAGUCGGAGCCUGCGACGCCGAAGCCAUUGCUGAAGGACGUGGGAGGGCCGUUUGCAGACGAGACGCGCAUCUCACUGGUGAAGAAGCUCGCAUCGUUGAAGUCCCCGAAUCCGGAGAAGUCGAUUGCGGGAGGGGAUGCAAAUGCUACGGAGGAAGAGGACAACAAAGAUGAGGUGUCGCCGCCAGCGAUUGUCCCGGAGGUUCCUGCAGGAGGGGAGGAAGAGGACGAAGAAGAGGACGACGGAUAUCUCAGCAAUGAUCCGGAGGAGCGGCUUGAUCCGGUUAAGGCCGGGGAGAUCGCUGCUCGUGCUGGCUUCUCGAUUACGCUGCUGAUCCUGAUCAAGUUCGAAGACGAAGUCCCGCGAACAAUGUACACAGUCAAGGGACUCAUCGCGUUGUGGAGGAAGUACAUGUCGGCGCACGUUCUGACGACAACGAGGUGUCAGGUCCUGCUCCCCACGUACCUUUCUAAGAAGCGGUAUGGGAGGAUGCAAGUCACAUUCCAGCAGGCGUCAGAUGCCAACUACGUCUGGUGUCGCAGAAUCGAGCAUAAGAUGACGAACGACAAGAGCAUCUUCCUGGACUGGCAACACCCGGAAAAUCCGGCGUAUACUCACGAGCGUGCGACGAACCCGGACUCAAUCGAGUUGCUGCUGAAGAGCGUUCCGGCCGCGAUCACUCCGGAGAUGGUUUUCGAGUACCUGGUGACCACGGAGCUGGAGAAGCGUCACCGUACCCCCUUUCUCAGUGGUGCUGCCUUUCACUGUGUGGUGGAUCCUGUGACGGCUGCAUCUCACGCGAUCGACGCGCGCAUGAAGAAGAUCUUGCGCGACCCGGCUUUGACGCUGAUUUCCACAGGGGGGAGUCGAGAGGAUUGGAUUUGCGUGCAGGAAGAGUGCGGCAAGGCCCACGGCACCAGUUUCACCCAGGCGGAGGGCCAUGUGAAAUCCGUCCAGCACUGCACCGCGCUCCUGAAGGGGGGGGCUGCCAGCCGUGCAAGCAAAGGGAAGCUGAAGGUUAUUCCUGUUCGCAAGGAGUUCGGCAUGUAA